AUGUCGCCGGACACAUUCCAGAUUUGCUCGAUUACCGGACAGAUACCACCGAGCGUGGGGAACCUCACCGAACUGGAAUACUUGGAUUUAUCAAGCAACAACGUCGUCGGAAGCAUUCCGGAGACCAUCGGCUCUAUGGUCCAUCUGGAGACAUUAAACUUGUUCGACAAUAGUGUUGCCGGACAACUACCGGAGACGAUGGGUAGACUCCACUGCCUGAAGUCCUUGGACAUAGCAUAUAACGAGUUAUCCGGUCAGUUGCCAACGACAAUGGGUGACCUGUGCAAUUUGACCUUUUACAAUUUCAGUGCCUCAUAUGUCCAUGAGAUACAGAACGACAGCAGGUCAGUGCUUCAUGUCGUCAACUAUUACUACGGCGAGAGCAUCUACCUAACCACAAAAGGGGAAUUUGUCGAUUACACGAGUGUUCUUCCGCUGGUGACAUGCAUAGACUUGUCCGGUAAUCAUCUCUCCGGUGAAAUCCCAAAAGAACUGACUAAGCUUCUCGGAUUGCGCUUCCUGAACUUAUCCAAGAAUCAUUUGACGGGGAGGAUUCCAGAAAAUAUUGGUGACUUGAAACAAUUGGAAUCACUCGACUUAUCGGUGAACAGACUCACGGGGAGGAUACCUUCCAGCUUUUCUGCUAUGUAUUUCCUGGUUCGUUUGAAUCUAUCUCACAAUGAUUUGUCAGGAAAAAUACCGACGGGUAGUCAAUUGUCCACCUUCGACUCAUGGACAUAUGCGGGUAACAAAGACCUCUGUGGUACGCCACUGCCGGAUUGUCCUGUGUAUGGAAGUCCACCUGAUGCCAGAGUCAAACAAGAAGAAGAAGAAGAUGAUGAGAAGCUCGAUAGGUUAUUGGAGUAUACCGGUAUUGUGGUGGGAUUUGUGGUCGGUCGGCUUCUGGCUCUCUGUUGGCACACUCAUCCUGAAGCAGGGCAUCAGAGUUGCCCUCUUCCGAUGGGCGGACAGGAUCGGUGA